AUGUGUGCUCUACCCGAGGGUAAAUCCACAAUCAUGUUGCGUCGUUGUUCAAGACAUCUCCAGACCAUAUACCGGCGGCAGAGCCAAGCCGUCCGGUUCAGGUCAACCGAAGUGCCCAAGGUCUAUGGAGCUAUCCACAGAGCCGCUCUCAAGGCACGAGUGGUGACCCACAACCAAGUUGCCUCUAUACAUUUCACGAAUCCGCUGAUGGCGGAGCAAGAUGUUGCCACACCCAGUUUUCCGGAUUCCGUCUCGGAAGGUGACGUCAAACUGGACAAGAAAGUUGGAGAUGCUGUGGCAGCAGAUGAGGUCGUGCUAGAAAUCGAAACGGACAAAACGGCCAUACCUGUAAUGGCCCCAGACAACGGUAUUAUUAAGGAGUUUUAUGUCAAUGAUGGGGAUACUGUAAAAGCUGGACAGAAGCUGUUCAGGCUCGAAAUUACCAGCGGUGCACCCAAGAAGGAAGCACCAGCUGAGGCUAAACCUGAACCUAAAACGGAAGCGGCCCCACCUCCUGCUCUGCUGCCGCUGCUCCCCCUCCACCACCACCCCCACAGGCCCCUCCAGCGACACCGCCUCCCCAAGCUCCAAAGCCGCAAACUCCUCCCCCCGCAAGCUUCCAAAGCAGGCGCACCUAUCUCAUCUAUACCCGUAGCAGCUAUACGUCACGCGCAAGCGAUUGAGACUGCCUCAGUCAAAGUACCCCCAGCGGACUAUAGCAAGGAAAUCGUUGGCACUCGCAGCGAACAACGCGUCAAAAUGAAUAGAAUGAGGCAGCGGAUCGCUGAACGUCUGAAGCAGGCGCAAGACACCAACGCGCUUCUGACCACCUUCAACGAGGUGGACAUGUCGCACAUCAUGGCGUUUAGGAAGAAGAACCUGGAGGCGUUUACCAAGAAGUUCGGUGUGAAGCUCGGACUGAUGUCGCCGUUCGUGAAGGCGGCGGCCAGCGCUCUUAUGGACCAACCGGUGGUCAACGCUGUUAUAGAUGGAAAUGAAAUAGUCUACCGCGAUUACGUAGACAUAUCAGUCGCCGUAGCGACGCCAAAGGGCUUGGUCGUUCCCGUGAUAAGGAACGCGCAGAAUAUGACGUACGCAGACAUCGAGCUUACAGUCGCCAACUUAGCUGAAAGGGCGAAGUCAGGAAAGCUGACAAUUGAGGAGAUGGACGGUGGUACCUUCACGAUAAGCAACGGUGGUGUGUUCGGGUCGUUGAUGGGUACUCCGAUUGUCAACCCUCCACAAUCUGGUAUCCUGGGGAUGCACGGGAUCUUCGAGAGGCCGAUCGCCCUGAACGGCCAAGUAGUUAUUCGACCGAUGAUGUACAUAGCUCUUACAUACGACCACAGAUUAAUUGAUGGUCGUGAAGCGGUGCUAUUCUUGAGGAAGAUCAAGCAGGGGGUGGAAGACCCGGCCUCUAUUAUCGCUGGUUUGUAA